GCGGCGGCCUCGGCCUCCGGCAUCUUCGGCCGUUUUGCCCGCCCUUUGGAGAAGCGCGUGCCGGCCGGUAUCGGUUGGCUUAGCUGUGCCCCGCCCGAGCCCCUCACUCCGAGCACCGGGACAUGCACCGAGCUAGACCCCACUGGGGCGCCGCAACCCUGCGGAGCCGUGGGUACUGGAGGACCGUGGGGCAGCCGGAGGGCAUCGUCUCGGAACAGGACACCGACCACCACUUCGUGCACCGGAGCACCAUUCCUACCAUGCACUUCCAGCCCAGCUUACCCAGAUUGCCUAUUCCAAAACUGGAAGAUACUAUCAAGAGAUACCUAGCUGCCCAAAAACCACUACUGAAUUAUGAACAAUACAGAUAUACUAAAAAAAUUGCCAGAGAGUUUGAAGCCGGAGAGGGCAAGUUAAUACAUCGUGAUCUACUUGAACAUGAUAAAAUUAAUAAGCAUACAAGUUAUAUAUCAGCACCUUGGUCUGACAUGUAUCUUUCAGCAAGAGAACCUAUUGUUUUUAACUACAACCCUUUUAUUACUUUAAAUCCUGAUCCAAACCCAAGAUACAGCAAUCAAAUAGUGAGAGCAACAAAUCUGGUUGUAUCAUCAUUAAAGUUUCUUAACUCUCUGAAGAAUGACUAUUUGCGACCAGAUAUAUAUUACGUAAACCGCAGAUGGGGUCAGAGUAAAGUUUUCAAACACUUUAUACGUAUGCUACCACCUACUUUAUCUUGGUAUGGAGCUUAUUUGGUGAAUGCUUAUCCUUUAGAUAUGUCACAGUAUAAGUCACUUUUCAACAGUACCAGGAUUCCUAAUUUAAGCAAAGAUUCAUUGUUCACAGAUGAAUUUGCAAGACAUUUGUUGGUGAUGAGAAAUGGUCAUUUUUAUGUUUUUGAAGUAUUGGAUCCUUUUGGUAACAUUCUACACCCAUCUGAAAUUCAGGCUCAUUUAACACAAAUAAUACAUGAUGCUGAUCGGUUGCCUGGGUUUGAACUCUCCCUCCUGACUACUGAAGAAAGAAAUACCUGGGCAACAUUAAGGCAAGAACUUGUCCUGAAAGGUAAUGAAGAAAACCUAAAGAAAAUUGACAGUGCAGUUUUUUGUCUUUGUUUAGAUAACACUUCCCCCAAAAAUGAAACUGAGCUUGCACAUUGUUUUCUUCAUGGAUAUGGCUUUAAUCGCUGGUUUGACAAAUCCUUUAGUCUGAUUGUCACAAGUGAUGGUACUGCAGGAAUAAAUUUUGAACACUCUUGGGGUGAUGGAGUUGCAAUUCUACGAUUUAUAAAUGAAGUAUAUAGAGACAGUACAGAGCAUCCAGCUCUUGUACCAGAAGCCAGUCCAGCUUUUUUUGUUACGUCAUGUGACAAACUGGAAUUUAAUUUGGGAUGCACCAUAACAUCUGCCAUAAAUGCUGCACGUAUAAAAUUCAAUGAAAAAAGGGAAAGGCUUUGUGUUAGAUCAUUUAGGUAUGAACAAUUUGGAAAACAGUUUGCAAUGAAUCAAAACUUGAGCCCUGAUGCUGUGUUUCAGCUUGCAUGCCAAAUGGCCAUCUAUCGCCAGUACAGAAAAUUAGUGCCUUCUUAUGAAGCUUGCAGUACUGCAGCUUUUAAGCAUGGUCGCACAGAGACAAUUCGCCCAACAUCUGUAUAUACAAAAAAAUGUGCCACUGCAUUCUUUGAUGAGCGAGGAAAGUAUAGCAUUGAAGACAUGAGAAAUAUGAUUGAUGAAUGUUCAAGGUACCAUAAACGCUUACAACUGGAAGCUACAUUAGGCCAAGGAUUUGAUCGCCAUUUAUUUGCCUUGAAGUACCUUGUCCAGCGCAGAGGUGGACGUAUUCCUGAUAUUUAUAAUGACCCUGCUUAUAAAAAUAUAAACCAUAUUAUUGUUUCAACUAGUACAUUAGGCAGUCCAGCAGUUCAUUAUGGUGGGUUUGGACCAGUGGUGCCAGAUGGUUUUGGUGUGGGUUAUAAUGUGUUUGAUACUUGGAUAGGAUGCAUUAUAACUAACUAUUCAGAGGAAGACUUAGAAGAACUUCUGAAAAACCUUGAAUAUACUUUGAAUGAUAUAUUUGAUAUUUUAGAAGGAAGAAAACUUCAGCAGUGUUAAAUAGUAUUAUUUUGAGGUAAUAAUUAUGUAUUAGCAACACACGCAUUCUGUAAUACUGUGUUCUUAUUGCAUAUUAUUGUUUGUGAUUUUAUAUUAAAGA